CAUAGACUGUGCAUACCAGUUCUGAAGGACUGACUUGCACUCCACUCUGGGCCUCAGUCUUGCCGUCUCUGCAAUGGGCUGGAUCACAUCCCCUCUGGCCACCCUGACUCCUAUGCCCAUCUUGACUGGGAACCCUUCAGAAUUCUCAGACUUUCUUCCUCAGAAAGCCUGCCCCUCAGCUACUCCAAGUCCUAGGCCUGCGGAUUGAGGGAAAAGGAUUGAGUCCCAAGGUACAGAACCUACCUCCUCGGCUCUCGCUGUCGGCUGGCUUGACCUGGAUCGGCCUGUUCAUCUAAAGGAAAGAAGAGAAAGCAACUGCUGGGGACCUCCUCUGACCACCCCAGGAGGCCUCCCCAGGCCAGGACCUGUGGAGAGGCUAGAGGGAGUAAGCCCCAGGCCCAGCCCUCUAAAGUGCUGAUGGGAAGGGAGGGAUGGGGCUUAAUCUUGUUUAGGAUUGGACCUGAGGGGAUUAGAGGUAGUGGAAGGAGAGGAUGUAGAGGAGGAUGCUCCUGGGGCACGACUCUAAGCUCAGGUAGGGCCCCAGAUGAUUUGGCCAGGGAGAGGUGCUGCCCUCCUUAGGGGGAGAGUGGGGCUGCCCAUAGGACCCGGGUCCUGAGUUAGAGCCCAACUAAGGGCUGUUCAGCAAAAGCUGCCUCAGUUCUACAAAGUAGGAGCAACAGAGGCCACCCCCUCAAGCAGCCCCAAGGAAGACUCUAGACUGAGGGAGACCCCACAGAUGCCCCGACUUCCUUCUGACCCCUAGAGGUGUGUUUGCCUCUCUUUCUGCCCCCCUACACCCCUUGACCCCAGGGGGAAGGCACUCGGGCAGCACAAAGGGAGCAGAUGCCCAGUCUCCGUGGCAACGGGAGAAUGCGCGCCAUGGCAACCGCCCACUCAGCCUGAUUUAUCCGUCCCCGUCGCCCAGGCGACCAUGGUGACGUCAUCACUUCUGCUGCUCCACACACCCGGAGAAGGAGUGGGGAGGAUCAAAUCCUUGAUGUCUCACCACCAAGACAGCUCUAAAGGAGGAAAUGCUGUCCUGUGCUCUUUCGCGAUUCUCCGGGUACCCGGAAGUCCUCCUGAGCUCUACCCUCUGCCUACUCCUGCAGCAUCUCCCUUUGUUCAGCCUCCAGUGGAAAUGCAGACAGUUCCCCACUCCAUGUUCCUGUCUGCCCCGCCCCCUUCUGGAGAGGGCGGGGCCAGGCCGGGGGUGGGUCCUCACCAGCCGCGCCUCCCGUCGCCUUGACGACCGCGACAAGAUGGCGACCCUGCCGGGCGGGAUUCAAGGGCUGUACCCCGAGGCGCUGAGUCCCGAGCAGCUGGAGAAGCUGCGCGGCUUCAAGAUUCAGACUCGGAUUACUAAUGAAAAGUACCUAAGGACCCACAAAGAAGUGGAGUUGCUCAUAAGUGGUUUCUUCAGAGAAAUGUUUUUGAAAAGACCAGACAACAUUCAAGAAUUUGCUGCAGACUAUUUCACGGAUCCAAGACUUCCCAACAAGAUUCACAUGCAGCUAAUUAAGGAGAAGAAAGCGGCUUAAUUAGCAAAAUCAUGAUGCUCAGCUGUUGAGAGAGAACAGAAAGCAUCCAGCCUCGGGGGUCAUCUGGAAGCGAGAGAGCCCUGUUGCCAUCAGUGUGGGUUUCCGGGCUGUGUUUGCUGUUGCAAAGGCUUUUAAAGAUGCUCAUUAAAAACAGACCUCCCUGUUCUCUCUGCUUUAUUUCACUUAGAAGGAAGAAGACAUCCUUCACGGGAGGCUGCUCUGCCCCCACUCUGACCGGAGAACAUCCACCACAGAAAAGUCACCAACCAACCAAGUAGAUUGAAUGACUUAGCCAGUUGAUGUUAGCCAGUCUCAGUCAUUGGCACCCCAAUGAUGGCAAAAUGGGCCUGUGAAUGGAGAAGCCAGGAUGGAAGCUAUGCAUGGGCCCAACAUCAUGGCCUCACCAAGGCUGAUCUAGCUACAGCUACUGUGACUGACUGUCCAACUCAUCAGCAACAGACACCAACAUUAAGUCCCUGACAUGUCACCAUUCUUCAAGGAAACCAUCCAGCCACUUGGUGGUAAGUUGAUUACAUUGACUCCCUGCUACCCUGGAAGGGGCAUUGUUCCAUCUUGACCUAAAUUGAUGUGUAUUAUGGGUAUGGGUUUACCUUUCCUGCCACCAUCAUCUAAGGGCUUACAGAAUAUUUGAUCCGCUGGCAUGAGAUCUUGCAUAACAGUGCACUGGAACAAGAGACCAUGUUAUAGCAAGGAGGUACAGCACUGGGUACAUGAUCAUAGGAUCCAUGGUCUGAUCAUAUACCACACCAUCCAGAAGCAACCCACCUGAUACAAUAAUGGAACAUCUUGUUAAAGGCACAGCUGAGACACCAGCUUGGAGAUGACACCCUGUGAAGAUGAGACACUGUCCUCCAGGAUGCAGUAUAUACCCUGGAUCAACAGACAACCUAGAGUGCUAUCCCCAAGUAAAAUAUAUGGGUCUGGGAAACGGGGGCUGGAUGUAGGAGCAGCCCUCCAUUAUCAUCACUCUCAGUGACCCAACUGGGGAAAACUACACCUCCUAUCCCAACUCUGGGCUCUGAGGACUUGAUCAGGUAACCCAUGUGGACUAACAGAAGUAUAAAUUGGGGGUGGGGUUAGGAAGAAUCUAGAAUGGGUAGUGGGAGGUAAGUACCAGUUGUAGACUUAAGCUACAGCAGCAGGGGCUGUAGUCUGUCCCAGAUCUUCCUCUAAGUUUUCCCAGGAAAGGAAGCCCAUCAGGAUCCUGAAGGGAUCGUUUUAGAACUUAUGAACAAACUGACCUGACAGCACAAGAAGUGGACUGUAGUGGAGACUGUGGUGUGCUGCCCAGAUUGCUCCCUUCAGCACCGAAGCCCUCACUUCCCAAGCUGCUGAGAAUGUGCACAGCUCUCAUCUGAGUUCCCCUCUGGGAACUGCCUGUGCCUGAAAUCAGUCACCUCACCCAAGACCCUUUCCUGGUCAGCAUGGGGUUCUAUAGGCCUGGCCACUUGCCUCAACAUGGUACACACCUAGAUGGCUCAAGCCACCCUAGCUUGAGCUCCCUGGGGGACUAAGGCCUUUGUUGAGACUGCGUCAGCUCAACUUCUCCCUCUACCGAAUUUUGCUUCCUUCAUGCCCCAACAGGUGUUAAUCUAGAGGACACCCCCAGUAAACUUCCUGCGCCUAAAUCUCCAACUCAGUCUGUUUUACCAGGAACUCACCUCAUGACAAGUAUCUGAACACUUUUUGAGAUUCGCUAUGUGGACUGUUGUCCUGUGCUCAGUUUCAGAGAGCGUCAUCGUGGUGGUGGUGUGGAAAGAUGCAGUGUUCAGUGAGCUUUCCAUUUCAAGGACAGCAGGGAUUGAUGGCAAAUCUGACAAUCAAAUGGCAACUGCAAACAAUACCAGUGCUCGACCUGUCACAGAGUUCUGGCAAGUGUGAGGUUGGAUACAGAUAUUAGUACAACUACUGACGACAGAACGCCCAGUAGCAGGGAUGGCUUUCUGUGCAUGAAAGUAGUUGGCUUGGCAAGGCAGGUGAGCUCAAAUAGGAUGAUAGAAACCAAUUUCUCUGGUAAGGGUAGCAGUAGAGUCAAUGGUCUCAUCUUUAUCCUUCCUAAACUGCAAAGUCUCAUAUUUAUUUGAGUGACUCUGGCACAAUCCGCUUGUCAACAGUUGGUCUUUUUUCCAGGAAUGGACCUUGAACUUACACAGAACUAUCUACUUGCCUCAUCUCCUAUUCCGUAAUUACCUACGAACUAGCCCCAUAUCUUAACCUUGGUCUGGAAACCAAGGUAUUUUCUUUUUCAAAAUUUCAGGAAGUGGUUGAAGAAAUAAAACAGAAGUUCCCUUUUUAAACUUCUUUCAUCCCAGCGUCAUUUUCUCCGACAAUUUCCCUUAGGCCUUAUUCACACUCCACUGUGCUUAUUUGUACUGAGGGCUGUAUUAGCGUACCUAAUAAGUUUUAAGACCAUAAAAGGCAUAUCAACUUGUUGAGUAAUUUUGUCCAUAGCAACUGUGGGCUGUAGCCUGCAAAUGUAUUCUCUUUUUUUCUUUUUAGCAGUAAACCCCAGUGGCUCAAGAGGACAUCCCACACAGAGGUCCUGUCCCCAGUCUACUCAGUCCAGUAAACAACACCUAAAAAGAACACAACCUCUUUAUUUUUUUUUUCAGAUACAAACGUUUAGUUUGGAUGAUGAGAAUGAGCUAUCUCUAUCAUUUAUUCCAAUGAAUUCCAAUGU